AUGGAGAAACCAGAAUAUCACGAUUCCGCAAGCGCCAGCUCGGAUUUCGAAACUGGUUCUGAUGAACAACAGCCAUCCGUUCCUCCUGUUGCCUUGGAACGUGUGGUCUCGGUGACCAAUGACCCCAGAACGACGAAUAUCGUUCUUCCUCGUGGUGCUGGUGGCUUUCCCGUUGUCCCAGACCCUCAGGAAUUCAUUGUGAAGCUUGAGCCUACAGACCCUAAGCUCUCGGUGAAUUGGCCCCCCAUGAAGAAGUACAAGACGGCCGGUUAUGCCUUGAUGUGUACCCUGACAGCUUCUUGGGGUUCCUCCAUUUUCUCUUCUGCUACGCUCCAAUUUAUGAAGUAUUUCAAAAUCCACAUGGAAGUUGCCUUGUUGGGUAUGUCCCUUUACGUCUGUGGUUUCGCCUCUGGACCCGUCAUUUUCGCUCCGUUGUCCGAGUUGCUUGGUCGUAAGCUUCCUCUUUGGCUCGGUAUGUUUGCUUUCUCGUGUUUCUCCAUCGGUACCGCAACUGCCGCAGACGUCCACACUGUUUUGAUUUGCCGUUUCUUCGGUGGUUUCUUCGCCAGUGCCCCUAUGACUAUUGUCGGUGCUUUGUUCUCUGACAUGUUUGACAACAAGUCCCGUGGUAAGGCCGUGUGUGUUUUCGCCGCCCUUACCUUCGCCGGUCCUCUGUUGGCUCCUAUUGUCGGUGGUUUCAUUGCCAAGUCGUACUUGGGCUGGCGCUGGACUGAGUACAUCACUUCGUUCAUGGGUUUCGGCAUUUGCCUUAUUCUGCCCUUGAUGCCUGAGACGUACGCACGUACUAUUACGGAAAACGAGGCCAAGCGUCUGCGUGCAGAGUGCAACAACCCCUUUAUUCACGCCAAGUCGGAGGAGGAGACCAUGACGCUUUCCUUUGUCGUCCGUAACUACUUCAUGAUUCCCCUUCGUUUGCUGUUCACUGAGCCUAUUGUGCUCUUGUUGACUCUGUACAUGUCGUUUGUUUAUGGUAUUCUUUACCUUCUUCUGGAGGCCUAUCCUAUUAUUUUCAGUGAGACGCACCACUUCAUCCAAGGUGUCAGUUCCCUUCCUUACAUCGGUUUGGUCAUCGGUGUGUUCUGUGGUUCCUUCAUGACGGUUCAGUUCGAGCCCUGGUACUUCAGACAAGUCAUUAAGGCUGGAGGCAAGCCCGUCCCCGAAGCUCGUCUUCCCCCCAUGAUCAUCGGUUCCAUUCUUUUCCCCGGUGGUAUCUUCUGGUUGUGUUGGUCUGGCGCCUAUGAAAGCGUUCACUGGAUUGUCCCUGCGCUUUCUGGUAUCCUUACUGGUUGGGGUAUCCUGUGUAUUUUCAUGCAGUCCAUGAACUACUUGGUCGAUGCCUAUCUUUUCCGUGCUGCAUCUGUUCUUGCUGCCAACACAAUCAUGCGAAGCUUCGUCGGUGCUGGUUUCCCCUUGUUUGCCGUGCAAAUGUUCCACAACUUGGGUACUGGUUGGGCUGGUACUUUGAUUGGUCUUCUUUCCGUUGCCAUGAUUCCUAUUCCAGUCUUGUUCUACAUUUAUGGUGCUCGCAUCCGUAAGAUGAGUAAGAUGACUGUGAUGCUUUAG